AUGCCCGAAAUGACUGAAGAAUUGCCGGAAAAGAGUGUCAAACGCAUAGAAGAGACGGCCAUCUCGUUGAAGAAAAUCACCCAACUCGAAGAGGAUUUAGAAGAAAUGAAAAAAGACAAAGAGGUCGAGAUGCGCCAAUUGGCAGCAAAUAUGUUUGAAAUCGAGGCGAAUUUAACGGAGAAGAUCGCGAAUUUGAAGGUUGAUUUGGUUUCUGAUUUGGAGAGGAAUCGAGAUUGGGAAAGGAAGAACGACGACCUCGAAGCACAAUUAAGCGAUCAAAAUGUGGAAAGGGGAAAAGGAAAGGCUAAGAUUGGAGAGCUCGAGGGAAAAAUCAACGCGUUGCAGAGUACAAUCUCUGACCUCGAGACCCAAAUCACAAGAGAGCAGAAUGAAACGAAGGACAAAGACUUUGAGAUGAGUCAAUUGACAGCAAAAGUGGCUCAAAUUGAGACGGAUUUAAUGGGGAAAAUCGCCGAGACAAAAAGGAAGAACGAUGAUCUCGAAGCACAAUUAAGAACUCAAAAUACGGAAUUGAAAGAUGGAAAAGCCAAGAUUGGAGAGCUCGAAGGAAAAAUCAACGCGUUGCAGAGCAAGAACUCUGACCUCGAAACCCAUAUACAAUUUGAAAGAGAAAACAAAACGGCCGAAAUCAAGAAGUUGAUUUGUGAUUUAAAUCUAAUGAUGAACUGGAACUCGGAACUGGAUGGAUGGUCGUAUUUCGAAAAAACCGCUUCUUGGUACAAGGUUAUCGAUCAAAAAAUGACAUUCGAUGAAGCCGUGGCAUACUGUGCGAGUCGAAAGGGUCAUUUAGUCUCAAUUCACAGUAAGGAAGAGAACGAUUAUGUUUGGGAACUCGCGAAAACUGUUCAUUCGUAUAAUUGGUUCUGGAUCGGACUCAAGAGAGAUCCAAACAAAGGAAAUGCUUUUGAAUGGACGGAUGGAAGUUGGUCUGUUGGUGAAACACCGGUGGACAUGAGCAUGUGGUGCACACGAAUUGGAAUGGCUCCAUCGGGGAGAUUGAGCAGAAGCUUUGUAAACAAGGUGGCAAGAAGAUCAGCCCAUUUGGUGGGACAUUGGGACUCGAUCCUUGAAAUCUGUGUACGAUACGACGACGACAACAAACGACAUUGUCCA